CGUGUGUGUGCGCGAGUAGCACCGGGCGUCGUGGUUUCGGUUGGCUGGGAGGAAGAGGAAUAACGAAUGUGGAGCCAAGAAGAAUUCCUCGUUGGCGAACGGCGCUGGGGCGAGAAGCGACAAUAUCCACAGGAUUUCUGAAACGUUUUCACGGACUACACAUGUCUCCUUAGGGAAAUUUAAGGGAAGUUUCCCCCUCGCGCGUUCCCGGAUCGGAUAAGAUCACUCCGUCUUCUGACAGCUUGGUGACGCCCACAAAAAGGAACCGACUGGCCCGUAACUCAUGGCUUCCUUGGUCUGUGAUUUAAGUGGCCUUUGAGCUUCCACAUUGGCCCAGAAGGAUUAGGAAAGGGGAGUCCUUUCCUACCAAAGAAAUGAGUGUGGGAGGAGAAAGCAACAUCAGCGUGGAGCAUCUUUCCUCCUUCUCACUGAACACCAGAAGUCUUGAUCCAGGAUGCUCUCUCCCCUACGACCCCUGCCCUCCUUUUUGGCCCUGAGACUACAGUGGUCUCCAUGAACAUGUACAGAGACACAGGGGUGUGUGCCACCCCUCUCUCUCAACCUCUUCCUCCACCCCACCUCCGUUUACCCCUCCACAAUGGCCACUCUUCUGUGGGCGAUCCAGCCCCGUCCCGUGUCUCCGUGCCCAAAAUGGGGGUUCGAGCUCGGAUUGCUGAGUGGCCUCCUCGCAGGGCACUUUCACGAGAAUCGCUGCUUGAGAACGGCCAGGGCAGUCAUCCGGAUGACCUCAACAUUGAGGAUGGGCUUACACGUGGAGGUGAGACGAGGUUACCACAGCGAGGUACCAGAGACGCUGACUUUCUUGAAUCAGUUGUAACAAGGGCUCCUUCCACACCACCCAGAUUUCGGAUGUCUGGAUUCGCUCCGCUCCGUCAUCGCUCGAACAGUGAGAUAACAUUGAGUGAGCAAGAUGAAACAGAGGUCGAAAGCCGUUUGUUUCGGGAAUAUGGCAGUACCUCUUCAAUCAAUGUACAGGGGGUGUCUGAGCAAAGCUUCUUUGACAUGCUCAGCCAGUUUCAACAGGAGCGACCAGACCAGCGUAGCAUAGCCCCUGCCAAGCUUGGAGAGCUGCUUGGUGCUUCUUUAGAAGGACCCACUUCACACGCAUUCUUGUCAACUCCACGGCCUGAUGACCGCCCGGAGAAUCGUGUACGCAAAAAAAGUGGUGGUACAGAGUCAUCUCUCGGUACCUCCUCCUUAUUCCGCAAACUCCGCAGUUCCAGCCGAGGAGAAACUGAGACUCCACGAGGUGACUCAGAUGACAUACGACCCCCCGAGACACUGUCUUCCAAACCCUGGGUAUGUGUGCGGAGUUUUGCCCACUUUGACGCUCAGAGCGUUCUGUUUGACCUGCACGAGGCAGCGGCUCGUCGCAGCUACGCCGCCCAGCGACGAAACACAGCCACCGGAGCUUCGGCUGCUUCUUCGGCUGCUGUUUCUUUGGCAGUUUCCAGAGCUAUUGCUCUGGGGGGAGUGGAGCCCAGCUUCUCUAGCACUGAUGACCUCAGUGUCCGGGACCUAUCGGAAGGAUCAACCCCAGCACUGGAACUUUUAGAGCAAGGUGGUUCAUCUAGCGUUAAUGCCAACUCUCAGCACCAGCUGUUGCUGAGCUGCCCGCACUUCAUCAAUGAGACCGGAAGCUACAGAGAACGGAAUGUCAGUUUCCUGAGCUCAUGGGCAGAGCGGGGAGAGGCUGGCAUCGUGGAGGCUCGGCUUCGUCCACGCUGCAGUAAUGCCAGUGUGUCCAAACUGGAGGUGCCACCAGAGGUUCAAGCCACAAGGUUAGAGAGACUGCAGCAACACAGCAUCGAGCACGUUGACCUGGGUGCCAGAUACUACCAUGAGCACUUCUAUGGAAAAGAGCACUGGAACUACUUUGGUACCGAUGAGAAGCUGGGGCCCGUGGCUCUGAGCAUUCGAAGAGAGAAACUGGAUGAUACCAAAGAUUUAAAGGACCAGUACCAGUACCGCAUCAUCUUUCGCACCAAUGAGCUGGUCACGUUACGAGGAGCAAUCCUGGAGGACGCUAUUCUGUCCACAGCAAAGCACGGAACGGUUCGUGGUUUGCCUUUAAAAGAGGUUCUGGAGUACGUUCUGCCAGAACUCAGCGUGUCCUGUCUGCGAUUGGCUCUCAGCACGCCAAAGGUCACGGAGCAGCUUCUCAAACUGGAUGAGCAGGGGCUUAGUCAGAAACACAAAGUGGGCAUCCUGCUGUGUCGAGCGGGACAGAGCACGGAGGAGGAGAUGUACAACAAUGAAGAGGCUACGCCAGCCUUCACCGCCUUCCUGGAGCUGCUGGGAGAAACCGUGUGUCUGAGGGGUUUCAACAAAUAUGCUGCCCAGCUAGACACCAAAACGGACUCAACUGGAACACACUCGCUGUAUACAACCUAUCAGGACUAUGAGAUUAUGUUUCACGUGUCCACCAUGCUUCCAUAUAUGCCCAACAAUCCUCAACAGCUCCUGAGGAAGAGGCACAUAGGAAAUGAUAUAGUCACAAUUAUAUUCCAGGAGCCGGGAGCCCAACCGUUCACUCCACAGAAUAUCCGCUCUCACUUCCAGCACGUGUUUGUCAUUGUCCGUGUGCACAGCCCUUGCUCUGACAACACCUGCUACAGUGUGGCAGUGACCAGGAUGAAGGACGUUCCUCCGUUUGGUCCACCUCUACCUUCAAAUGGCCUGACGUUCAGGGACCCAGCUGCCGUCCGUGCUUUUCUGCUGGCCAAGAUCAUCAACGCAGAGAACGCUGCGCACAAAUCUGAGAAGUUUCAUGCUAUGGCAACACGCACGCGCCAAGGAUACCUGCGGGACCUGGCGGAGAACUGCGUUUCCACUACGCCAUUCGACACUGCUGGCAAGCUGACCACUCUCAUCUCUCUGGCCUCCAAACGCAAGGAACGGAUCCGGGCGCGUGAGGGAGCGGAAAUGGGUGCCUUGGGCGCGUUGAUUUGGUGCGUGCUCGCGCAGGACUUCAGUGGCGGAGGCGCUGAGCUUCCUUGUGCUCUCGCCAUGUCCAACGAGUACAUUGUCCUGGCGGACUGCUCCACCAAAGAGGUGGUGUUUAACUGUUUCUGUGCUGACGUGAUUGGCUGGACGGCAGAAAGACUUGCACUAAAGAUUUUCUAUGGAAGAGGAGACCAUGUUGCCUUACGGGUACCAGAGGGCAGCGCGCAAGAUAUCAGAGAGGUGGUGCAGAGACUUAAGGCGUUGACUAUAGGUUGCGAGACGGUUGAUAUGACAUUACGACGUAAUGGUUUAGGCCAGCUUGGUUUCCAUGUGCGUUUGGACGGAACGGUGUCUGAAGUAGAGGAAUACGGCUUCGCUUGGCAGGCGGGACUCCGGCAGGGUAGCCGUUUGGUGGAAAUCUGCAAAGUUGCUGCAGUGACUCUCUCCCACGAGCAGAUGAUUGACCUACUGCGGACUUCUGUCACGGUGAAAGUGGUCAUUAUUCCACCUUUUGAAGAUGGAGGGGCCCGCAGGGGCUGUACGGAGGAGUACGAGAUGAAGAUGAUGGAGCAGAAGGGAGAAGCGGAGCCAGUGGCUGCAGGUUAUCGUGGUGGGCAGAGAACCCCAGUAUGGCGCUGGGACAGCCCACCUGGAACACACAGCUCUGCUCAGCGCUGGACCCCCAGCGGACCCCCACCAGUCCCCAGCCGUACGCACAAAGCCCUGGUCCCCGUUCCGUACAGAGAGCCCCAACACGUCUCCUCUAAAAGGCCUGUUAGUUACCCAGAGAACCAUUACAGUGUGUCUCCUCUAGCCGGGGACAGAGGCAUGCCGUACAGAAACCCAUCGGCUAGUUUCUCCAGUCCGGGCUCUGGGUUCAGCUCCAGCGCACUUGGGGUACCGGGACUCAGCGGACCCUUUGUCCACUAUAAACCCACUCGAGACGGGUUUGGGUCAGUCCAGCGGCCUCUCCAGCCGUUUGAUCCGCACGUUACAGUCGAUGUCUCGAGCGGAGAAUCGUCAUCUGGUUUCACUAGCCAAGAAAGCACGAUGGAGCGCAACAAGUCAGAGCCCAUGUGGCACGUUCCAGCUUCGUCACGAGGUGUCUCUGUGAGCUCAGCUCCGAGAAGACAGACUCGACAGGACGUCGCAGGGAAGGACUCUCCAAACCGCCACUCUAAGGGUGAGGCCCACUAUUCCAGUCACUCCAGCAGUAACACGCUCUCCAGCAACGCUUCCAGCAGUCACAGCGACGAGCGCUGGUUUGACGGUGUGGGAGGGGGUGUCUCCGGUGCCCUGAGUGACCCCUCAGACCCCGACCCCGACCUUAUGGGCAAGGGAGGCUCCAGCGACAGUGGCAUCGAUGCGUCUCUCUACACGCCGAGCCCCAACGCUAAAGGAGCCAAACCUAGCCGCAGCCUUGCAGGAACCCCCCAUAAACCUUUGCAUGGCUCCGCUACCUACAGCGGCUUGCAGGAGCUGUCCGGAGCCGGAGGGAGGGCGUCAGGAGACGGUCGACGCAGGGAGUCUUCACCCGUCAUUGCAUCUGCAAAUCAAAGCAAGAACUAUCGCACACGCACGUUCCCCCCUCCAGGGUCAGCCAACAUCGACAACUUCAAACCAAGGGCCUGCUACACGCCUCAAGGAUACAAGACCCCUGCUGUGGCCGAUAAACCCCGGCCUUUCAGAUCUUCAACGGUCACACCCACAUCGGGCUCCGCCCAGCUGUCGAGCUCCGCCCCCAAGUCCUUUAGUAAAACUAAGAGUGCAUGGCAACAGGAGGAGAACAGCACAGCGACCAGCACCAUCUCCACCGACAGCAACAAGCAGGUGGAUUUGAACAGCAAGAACGUGUUCGGACAGCCCCGGUUGCGUGCCUCUCUCAGGGACCUGCGCUCACCACGCAGAUCUCACAAGAGCACCAUCGAGGACGACUUGAAAAAGCUCAUCAUCAUGGACAACCCGACAGAGACACCAUCACGGGAUGGGUCUCCACAUCGGACCCUGCAACGUACUUUCUCAGAUGAGAGUCUGUGCAGUGGACGGAGAGAUUCUAGUUAUGCAAGCGCUCCUCUUUUUGAGGGACAAGUGCCGCCCGGUGACCUUCUCUUCACCUGCACGCUGCCGACUCGACGCCACGGACACAACAGCAAUCAUGGAGCCCUCAUGCCUAGUAAGAAAGUACCGUUGUCUGCGUCCGAAUUAUCUCUGACUGAGGUGAGGGAUAAGGUUCCACCUCUCAGAAGACUGGACCCUGGACUCAUGCCCCUUCCUGACACUGCCUGUGGUCUAGAGUGGUCCAGCCUCGUCAAUGCGGCCAAAGCAUAUGAAGUGCAAAGAGCUGUUUCUUUAUUUUCAUUGUCUGAGUCUCACGCGGGUGCCAAUGAGCUGAGACCUGUCAUCAGUCCGGUGCAUUUCCACACGCCACAGACUCCCCGAACCACUCCUACUUUCAGCAGUGAAGAGGUUCCCAAUGACCUGUCUGGGCGCCUGUAUCAUCUGGAAGUCAUGCUGAAACAGCUGAACAAUGAUCUGGAAAAGGAGAAACAGGACAAGGCAGCGUUGUUAGCAGAGAUGGCUAAUCUGAGGCAGAACAACCAGCGUCUGCAAGAGGAGUCGCACUCAGCCAGCGAACAGCUCCGCAAGUUCAGCAAACUCUUAUCCUCUACCAUGCCCGAGAGGAAAUGACUGUUCCCUUUCGUUCGAGAGAAGAUGAGAUUUGCCUAAUAUGGCACGUUCGGUGCCAACAGCUAAUUAACUUCUCACGGUGUCUCUUAUCGUCCAGUACAUCCACUGUCCCGCUCGCCCUCAUCCAGGCAAGACUGCCAGCUCGUCCUCGCCACACACCAAACUGUGAGCUUCACGAAAGUGUGACAGAAGGAAACCGAAAGCGUUUACGCAGGUCUUGCCUGAUGACUCCGAGACCUUAAAGCUUUAACCUAAAGCCGGUACGGAAGUACAAAUGUCUAUUUUUAAACAAACGGACACAAACACCUUGAGACGAGCGAGCUCCUCAUCUGAUCGAACUGCUUUCGGAACUAUUUUUCUCAUCGUAGAUUUAUUUUUGUACUCGACGAGUCGACGCUAAGCUUGAGCCGGUAAAACCGAGGGACGCUAAACAUCAGAGAGGCCUAUUUACUGCACAGUCAGCUCAAUAGCCAAAAAAAAAAAAAAAAAAAAAGCCACAGCAAAUCGACACCUGAGCCACGUGAGAAAUCCUACCUUUCCCCGAAACGUUGAGAGAAAUCACGGUACUGCAGAUAACGCGUCGCGCAAUCUCACGCGCGGGGUACGUCGCGUUCGUAUUUAUUGCUCGAACCAUCCUCAUCUCAGCUGAUUUAUCAUCCAACAGACUUCCUAUAGUGACUCUGCAAUAAUGGCUCUGUAGAGCUUCACUUCUCCCGAGACGGAGAACCCGAAAGACGCGAGCGGUGAUGGCAACCACUACUAAAACUGUGACGUUCCACCCGAGUCUUUGAUGGUUUCGUCCACCGCUUGCUCUCGUGCGUACGGUCUCGGCAUAGCACUGUGCGUAAACUUGGGCCGUUCUGUCAGAUUUCGACACUGUACAUGUACAUGUAUAUGCAAAGCCGACGCUGAGAAACCCUAGUCAGCUGCGUUCCAUACAGACUCUAUUUUUCUAUUUGUAUUUAGUUCAGGUUUAUCAGGUGAAACGACUGUUGGCAAUAGAUAGCUGUUUUCAACUUCUAGACAGAUCAUCGUGUUUACAUACUAAGACGAUCCGCGCUCUAACAGUCAGACCGGGUCGAAUAUGGUUUAUCAUGUACCCCGUGUUACUCUGUACAUGUCUGCCUUAAAGCGGUCAGCUGUGACCAGUGAUGUGUUGUAAUUUACGACUCAUAUCAGCUCUCUCCAUCCCUUUAACCUGACGCGACUGGAAAAAAAAACAAA